AUGGUUCAUCUGUCCACCGUCGCGAAGGAGUCGCACGCCCGCCGGCGCCAGCGCGAACAGCGCGAUAAGGAGGCUUCUGCCGUCUCGCCGUACGUGUAUGGCACGCGCUAUGCGAUCGAGGAGCUGCCGGAGCAUGUCAUGAGAGAGGAGGAGAUGCCUGCGUCGGUCGUGUAUCGCAUGAUCAAGGAUGAGUUGAGUCUGGAUGGGAAUCCGCUGCUCAACCUUGCGAGCUUCGUGACGACGUACAUGGAAGACGAGGUGCAACAACUCAUGUCCGACGCGAUGAGCAAAAACUUCAUCGACUACGAACAAUACCCGCAAACGGCACACAUCCAAAACCGGUGCGUGAACAUGAUCGCGGGGCUUCUGCACGCGCCCACGGCCAACGAACCGCGCAACGAGCAAGACGCCAUCGGCACCUCGACGGUGGGAUCCUCGGAGGCGAUCAUGCUGGCGAUGCUCGCGAUGAAGAAGCGCUGGCAGAACCGGCGCAAAGCGGCGGGCAAGGACUGGUCGCGGCCCAACAUCAUCAUGAACAGCGCGGUGCAGGUGUGCUGGGAGAAAGCGGCACGGUACUUCGAGGUCGAGGAGAAGUACGUCUAUUGCACGGACGCGCGGUAUGUCAUCGAUCCCAAGGAGGCGGUGGAUCUGGUCGACGAGAAUACCGUGGGCAUCUGCGCGAUCCUCGGGACCACGUAUACCGGGCAGUAUGAGGAUGUGAAGGGCAUCAAUGAGUUGCUGCUGCAGAGGAACAUCGACUGCCCGAUUCACGUCGAUGCCGCGAGUGGUGGGUUUGUGGUCCCGUUUGUGAGGCCGGAGCUGGUGUGGGACUUUAGGCUGGAGAAGGUCAUUUCCAUUAAUGUCUCAGGGCAUAAGUAUGGGCUGGUUUACCCGGGCGUCGGAUGGGUCUUCUGGCGCGCUCCCGAAUACCUGCCCAGGGAGCUCAUCUUCAACAUCAACUACCUGGGCGCUGAGCAGGCUAGCUUCACCCUGAACUUCUCCAAGGGCGCCCCCCAUAUCAUCGGCCAGUACUACCAGCUGAUCCGGCUGGGGAAGCACGGGUACCGGGCCAUCAUGACCAAUCUCACCCAGAUCGCGGACCACCUGGCGGCGGAGCUGGCGAAGAUGGGGUUCAUCAUUAUGAGCGAGGGCGGCGGCCGGGGGCUGCCCCUGGUCGCGUACCGAUUUCCGGAGCAGGAGGACCGGCUGUACGACGAAUUCGCCCUGGCCCAUGUGCUGCGUCGUCGGGGCUGGGUGAUUCCGGCGUAUACCAUGGCGCCGAAGAGCAAUCAGCUGAAGAUGAUGCGGAUCGUGCUGCGCGAGGACUUCAGCAUGCACCGCUGCAAUCUCCUGGUGGAGGACAUCCGAUUGGCAAUCAAGUCGCUGGAGGAAAUGGACGCCAGCUUGAUUGAGCGAUAUUCCCACUACGUCCAGACACAUGCCUCGCGCGGGCCCGAGGGCCAUCCGGUGUACAGCAACGAGCAGCAUUCGCUCCAAGGACAAACGGGAAAGACGCAUGCGGUGUGUUGAGUGAUUGAUUGGGAACGCGGCGGGUCAUGAUUCUAAUCGAUUUGGAUUAUCUGUCUGCCUGCGACGGGUCACACAAACAACGGUCGACCGCGUUCGUGUCCUUAUUUAGCCCAGAUUGGAGGUGGGAAGGAAGCCUGGUAUGGGAAUUUGUCAUUGUCAUUUGCCAAGUCAUCCACCCAUCCUCCAUACAUCCAUACAUCCAGCUAGGUACAAUAUGCUUCCCCCUGAAAGCUGUCAGUGGUAAGAAUCCAACGGAUCCAUGGUUGCUGGCACAGCCCGCAGAUGCUGCUCCAACGAACUCGUGCCCCCCUCUUGUCAAUGCAGCUGUCCGGGUCUGUCCGGAUGCAUCGGACACCCCUUACGUAUAGCCUAACCGUGCCUGCGAGCGAGCACCAUUAAUGAAUGCCGAUGGGGGGGGCGAGUAUCGGUAAGCCGCGUAGUGGUUUCCGCUUUCUACUCCCCGCCAUGCAGAGGCUC